AUGCGGUCAUCGCUACCGCGCCUCUUUCAGGUCUCGCGAGCCGUGCAUCAUGAAAAUCCGCUGGGCUUGCCUCGAUCUGGCACACCUCCAACCUGGGGCAAGCGACCCCAAAGACGAAAGAUCACGGGUGUCGAGAGAGUCAUCGCAGUCUCGUCCGCCAAGGGCGGUGUUGGCAAAAGCACCGUCGCAGCGAAUUUGUCACUGGCAUUUGCAAGGCUAGGCUUCCGCGCUGGCAUCUUGGACACCGACAUCUUCGGACCGUCCAUUCCCACUCUCUUCGAUCUUUCAGGAGAGCCAAAAUUAUCGAGCAAGAACCAGCUCGUUCCAUUGACGAAUUAUGGAGUCAAGACCAUGUCGAUGGGCUAUCUCGUUGGCGAGAAUGCGCCAGUCGUCUGGCGAGGUCCCAUGGUCAUGAAGGCUAUACAACAGCUCUUACAUGAGGUCGACUGGGGCGGCUUGGAUAUUCUCGUCUUGGACUUGCCUCCUGGCACAGGAGACACGCAGCUGACAAUCACCCAGCAAGUAGUACUAGAUGGCUCGGUCAUCGUCACCACGCCUCAUACACUCGCAACCAAGGAUGCCGUCAAGGGCAUCAACAUGUUCAAGACGGUCGGCGUCAACAUUCUUGGUCUUGUGCAAAACAUGUCUCUCUUCACCUGUCCUCACUGCCAUGGGGAGACGAACAUUUUUGGGUCGAACAAGAGGGUCGAGCAGAUGUGCACAGAGCACAAGAUUGACUUUCUAGGCGACAUUCCCCUCCACCCGAAUAUCGGCGAUGAUGGCGAAAAUGGAAGGCCAACAGUCGUGUCCGAACCGGCAAGCGACAGGGCAUCGGCCUUUGUGCAAAUUGUCCGGUCAAUCUGUCCCAAAAUUGACCUCAAGGUAACCUGA